AUGAUGGCCAGAGCAGACCAAGCAGAACUGGCUGGAUUGAAAGGCAAAGUCAACACCUACGAAGUGGGCGAGAAGCACUACGUUCUGGUAGAAGGAAUGCAAAAGCAAGUCCGAUCAGAAGAGCCGCCGGAUGGUUACCUGGCUUUGGAGCAGAAUCGCGAGAUGCUCUUAGAGAAAGGCCGCAGUUUGUUGACAGCUGCAGACCAGGAUGCCAUGUUCGCCACGGCAUCGGAGGAGCUGGAGGAGACGCAUCCAGCCGGAGCGCGUUCUUCUGCGCGAGUUCUGGUAGAAGACGACGAGGAGAGCAGUUCAAGCAAUCCGGACGCGGACGAUCCGGAGACAGACGCCUUCUUAGCAAAGCUUCUCGAGAGGUCCAAGCAGAACAAGCCCGUCUCUGGUGGCAGCGGCGACAAGACCGCAAGCGUGCGGAAGGCGCGCGACAAACGGUCAAAGGCGAAGUACGCUGUGUUUGCCAAGAAAGGUGUCGAGGAGAGUGGAGACAGCAGCUCCAGCGACGAGCCCGCCAAAGCCAGUUUCGAAGUCAGAGACCUGAUGCAGCUGGUUGGGAAGAAGGGCGGAAAUGUGGACCCUCUGCAGGCCAUCGCUCUGCAGCACAUUCUCGCCAGCGACAAGGACAGCUCAAAGAAGCGACGCGGCCGGAAAAAGAAGAGCCGCAGGAAAGCCUCCUCCAGCAGCAGUUCCGCGAGCAGCGGAGUGAGCAGCCAGGACAAGGGCUUGCGCGGUUCUGCAAGGGCCCUCGCCAGGUACAGAAAGAACUCCACAAGGAUGUGGAGGAAGCCCAUGAGGCAUGUCAAGCGAUACAUCGCCGAGGUCGAAGAAGAGCUGGGGGCAGACGAAACCCCGUACAACCUGUGGGAUUACACGAAGCGUAUCCCUUUCGGCCGGCAGAAGGGCUUGUAUCGCAUGCAUCACCUAGCUUCCCACAUUCUCAAGAAGCUCCUGAACGACGAUCCAGAGGGCGCGGCGCUGAUGACUGUUUUAACUCUGCGGUGUCUGCACCAAACUGCUCUCGACGGAGGAAACUGGGAGUUGGGAUGGUUGAUCACGACGCUCAAAGACCCGUUGGCCCGCAAGAAGUGGGGCGGCGAGGCCCAGGACUUGGAGGCCGCCGCGGACUACUUGCGUGCAGUGCAGGACUUGGAAAAGCGGUCGAAGCAGCUGUCUUGGAAGCCCAAGGACGACGAGGAGGAGGAAGCCGAGGGUGCCGACAAGAACGACAAAGUCUGGCGGCCCCCAAAGGGCCGAGGCAGAGGUUUGUUCCCGUCGCCGCUGCCUGUCAUGGAAGUGACCACAGUUCUCUCUUCAGUGAUAAGUUUGCCUGAGGAAGGGGCCGUCAUUGACCCAUCCAAACAUCUUCGCGGUGAGAAGUUGCAGCAGUUUUUGCAGAUGGGCGAGCGGGUGCCCUUGCCACGUGAAGAGUUCUGCAAGCGGCCAAAGGAUAGGCUUGAGUGGGCCGAGUUGCCCCAAGGGUGUAUGUUGUGCCAGCUGAUUCUGCACGAUGGCGAGUCUGUCAGUGAGCAGCUUGUGAAAUAUGGGGCGUUAGAGGGUCGUAAGCACUUGCUUCAAGCCACCGCCGAGUUUUGCUCGUUGAAGCGUUGUUCAAAGAAAGUCCUGCAGAAACUUGUUGGUCUGUAUGUCCAUCCUUUCACUCAUCGUCGUGAGCUGAUGUGUGUUUUCAAUCGGGUGUACAAGCGGAUUGAGCGGAUGCAGGACAGGAAGCUCUCACCCAUUUGUGAAAGCGUCAAGCAGGAACUUUGUUUUGCUGGCCUCUUGUUGCCUUUUGCGCACAGCAACAUUCGUUGGCCAUUGGCAGAACAUGUCUCGGCUACCGAUGCGACUCCCACUGGAGCCGGGCGCGCGCAGGCCCGCAUGCCUCCGAAGCUAGUUGAGCUUGCCUAUAGGUACGGGGUACACCGGGGUGAGCAUGUUCGUUUGGACUGGUCUUCCGGGCGUUUGAUGCCCAGUAGUGAAAUGCAGUCGGCUCCAGCUGAGCUUGAAGAAGCGUUGCAAUGUGGGCGCUGGCGCGUCACUGAGAAAUCGCAGUUUGCAAAGGUAGGCCAUAUCAACAUUCAGGAAAUGAAAGUGUUGCUGAAAGAGAUAAGACACCGCGCGUGCCAAACUGCCAGUGGCCAGCGGAUAAUCAACCUUUGCGAUUCCCGCGUAGUUGUAGGCGCCUUCGCCAAGGGCAGGUCCUCGUCGGUAGAACUCAAUCAGUGGCUUAGGCGCCUUCGCGCAGGUCUUGACGCAGUGCUGAAAUUCAUUGGCCGUUCGCACAAGCGGCUGGACACACUUGCCCAGAACCUAGAUGAGCUCGACAGUUCUUUGGAGCACUUCGUCAAUUGGGUUUACCGCAAGUGUGGAAAGCAGCAUUUAAGCACCGCCAAGCAUGGAUUGCUAGCUGUCCAGCACCUUUACCCACAGCACCGCCGACGAUUGCAUCGGGCCUGGCAAAGUGUCCAAGCUUGGGAAGACAUUGUGGAAGUCAACGUGCGUGUCCCGUUGCCGUUGUCCAUCCUGUGUGCGCUUGUCAUAGCGGCACGUGCGCAUGCAGGUUGCGAGUCAGGCCGUGAAGCCUUCCUGUGGGAUCGCUUCUCAGUGUGCUUGGAGCUGGCCUUUUUUGGCCUUCUCCGGCCGGGGGAGGUCUUCAAACUGCGAAAGUGUGAUGUCAGCCUGCCUGACGCCUUACUCGUGUCUGGCGUUGGCGCAGUUGUGCGCAUUCAGGUUGCCUUGGCACGACAAGUACAGCUGUCCAUGCCAUCGUUGAGCCAGCGUGCUGUGCGAACGUUGUUGACUCGUGGCCAGCGGCGUGUGUCCCAGCGUUGUCCUGACCGGGAUUUGUACCGCUUCGCCCGCAUGUAUGCCGCCGCAGAGGCCCUUCAGGAUGUGCAGCCUUGCCGGCCACUCCCAGCUUUGGCAACGGCCCAAUUGCCUCUCGGCCGCCUGGGUGGUUUGCAGUCCUGGGUCAAUCGUGUCUGGGUUGUUCUCACUUGGCAACGUGUGUUGGUCAUGUUCCUGCUGGCUGCAGUGUUGUCCCGGCCCCACACGCACUUCCUGGUCGCACGGCUACUCACCCGUGUGAUGCAGCAGCUCCUGCGGUACGCCAUGUCGCUUGUGAUCCACUUGGUAGAAGCGGUGUUAGAGGAGCUUGUCUCCCAAGUGCAGGGUCGGGCAGGGCCAGAGCUGCU